ACAUAUGACAUCUUUCUUUUCAAUUUUUGCAACACUUUUUUUUAAUACUAACGCAACGUUUAAGCCUCCCCAAUUAUUACAACUUCAAAAACAGAACAUUGAAAUAAACAAGGAAAAUUUAUUCAAUUACAUUGAUACAUGAGUAAAUAUGAUUUAUCUUAUAUUUCUAGUACCUCCUAACCAAACUUUAAGAAGGAUUGUGUGUAGUCAAAUUGAUACUCCAAGUCUCAUGCCAUUUUUUUCCAAUUGCACUCUCAUGGGAUUCAUGUGCAAUCUGAGUAGACACAAUAGCUGGAGGAGUAAGCUGCGACAUUCAUAGACAUUUAUUGUUUGUGAAUGCUAAAUCAUAAACACUAAUUGUCUCAAUAAAAUCAGAUCUGUGAACUAAAAAUCAAAUUUGAUUUUUGUCUAAUCGAAUUAGAAAAUCAAAAUUUCCACCAACAAUGAAAAAAAUUAGAUCUAGCAAUGAACAAAAUUAAAUUUGAUUUAUGUCAAAAACCAAAUAAAAAUUUGAUUUACCGGAGCGGAAGUGUAAAGUUGAAGGCCAUUUGAAGUGGAGGCUGACGUCGCAAAUGAAAAAGGAAGAUGAAGAUGGUGGAAGAGGAAGAUGAACAGGGCAGAUGCGACUAUGCGAGAAUGAGAAAAGCUAUGAAGGCUGGAGCUUUUGGGUACGGGAAUGAGACGGAGAAUGGGUGCAGAAUCGUUGACCGGCGAAGAAGAGGGCUCCCGCGAAGAAGAGGGGGGCUUGGUGCAAUUGAUCGGAAUAGACAGAGAGAGAAGAGACUGGGUGGGUGAGAGGGAUAUGGGGGUGGGGGGUUGGGCUUUUAUAUGGUGUACGCCUGGUGUACAAAACCGGGGUACACAUAGCAUUUUCCAAUAAAAAAAUAUCCCCACUUGCCUGACUUCCUCGUUUCCAGGCUGGAGCAUGGAUGGCAUACUCAACACUCUGGCCGUCACCACACAUCCCUAUCCGACAGUUUGUAGGACCGUCCCUGGCUAUGGAUGUCGGCAGAAUCAAAGAAUUCCUCCACCAUGGCUGGCUAAAGGAAAUGCGUGCGCCGCCAUGGCUUCUAGGGAGACCGUAGUCCUUGUGUCCUCGGAGCCUUAGGUCGGGCCUGCUCGAGAAUCCGCCCAAUAACAAAUUGUAGAUUGUGUGAGUCUCUACCAAACCAAUUGGCUUUUGUCGGUGAGACAUCUCCGAUCCGUGGCAAAACUUUCGCCGUAGAUGAAAAUGGGAUCGCCGGAAACCGUGAACGGACAAAAGCAUUGGUCCACUUGGGUCGAGAGCUUCGAAAACAUCGAACUCUGAUUCAACCCGACAUCUAUAUCCCCUUCAAGGACACCGGCCAGUCUCGGUGGUCAACCGGCCAUACAAUACACGAGCCGUGCCAGCCACCUCGUUUGGUCACAGGUACUGCCUUUUUGGCCUCGAACACUCAACGGGGAUUCGUGAGUGGCAGCGGCCCUUGAGAUACUCAUUGAUGUCGGCUUCCAACAGAAGUUCGUGCCCCCUUCUCAACAAAGGGACACAGAUACAACCAGCAACACCCGAUGCGCAAAGGAAGAAGGCUUGCCUACAAUUCUACGCCGCUGCCCGCUGGUCCUGAACACCCGAUGAAGAUUCGUGGACUGCAAGAACUGCCACACCGCUGUAAAACCCGGGGCUGCUAAACCUAUCAGGUCACGGCUGGGCAUCGUGAACGGUGGAGAGAGCCCCGUCCAGGUCGGGUCAAAAUUGCCUUAGGUCACGUCUCUCACAAUUCCGUCCGAGUUCGAAGUGGAGUUUGAAAUCCUCCGUUGUCGCUGACCAUUGCCGAAAUGUGGAAGGUAUUUAAAAAAAUUCUCUCUUGAUCUCUGAAUUUGGGCGCCCAGUACGUCACCCAAAUCAAAUCUGGAAAGUAUGCUUUGUGCUAUUCUUGGCGUCAGACCUGCGUUUUCCGAAUUGACCUUACCGGCAAUGGAAGUGGUUCAUGGAGCUUUGCCGGAACUGGAGGUGUCACGCCGCCGCUGGAGUUUGUUGCUACUCAAGAGAAACUGUCCUUCGCUGCUGGCUGGAUCCCGUAUAGCUCUUGGUCGUCACGUCCGUUCGGUGAUGGACCUCCAUCAGCUAGAGCAAGGGCAACGCACCGGUCGGUGGCUGUCAAUUAGGUCCUAGGAUGACGGAUCUACAGCAGAUCUACGGCGAUGUUCUCCCGUCGGGCUUCGAAGCUGGCGACGGUUUCCCGAGUGCCCAUGGCAGAUCUGGACAGAUUCACGCAAAGAUUCUCAAUCAACCCAACCCCAAAGAGUCUCGUCUUACUCGCACAGAUUUCUACUCAAUGACGGGCGGUGGAAGAAACUCAAAUUUUGGGGCCAAGGUGAAGCGUUGUUGGUCCGCGGAGCACUGUCGGCUGCCGGAACUGGAGCGAUGAUGGCCGGCGGUGCAGCAUGAGGGAAAACACACUGAUCCCUAAAAAGAAAAGAAUGGAUAUUUACAUUCGCCCUAUUUCGCCGUUGCACUGCUCGCCGAAACAGGAGAUUUGAGACUCCUUCGUCGACAGGACCGGGGUUCUGCCUUUGUUUCGAUGGAAUAUUUCUGUGUAGUCUCCCAGGGAAGGGAAAGAUUCACCAAGGAUGAAUCUACGAAAAGAACAGAAACAAUUUUGUUAAAAAAUUUUGAGAGGACGUUUGAUGUGUUCGACACUCUCAACGAGAGCACCAUUGUUGGGUU